UCCUCCUGCUGACCAAUUUCCAUCCAAUCGGCGAUUUAAAUCGGAUAUCAUGACCUUAAAAACUCGAAGCGAGAGAGGGAAUACGUGAAAUCGAAAGGGCCAUUUAAACACUCUCUCUCUCUCUCUCUCUCUCUCUCUCUCUCCCUGAUUUAUGAGAAGCUCGCGCCAAUUCCAGCAAUCAGGUGAUAUUCUGAUGGAAGAUCUAGGCAUAGAAGCGAAAGAAGCUGCUGUACGUGAAGUGGCAAAGUUAUUGCCUCUUCCUGAACUUUUGUCUUCGAUUGCUUCUCUAAAAGCAGAUUAUGUUCUUCGUCAGCAGGCAAAUGAUGCACAACUGAGCACCAUUGUUGCAGAUCAGGUUGAGCAAGGGCAAGCUGGGAUAGAUGCAUUGUCCUUAUCACAGAAGACAAUAAACCAGCUCCGUGAAAAUUUUUUGUCCAUUGACAAGUUGUGUCAAGAGUGUCAAACUCUAAUUGAUAACCAUGAUCAAAUAAAGCUCCUCAGCAAUGCGAGGAACAAUUUGAACACAACCCUAAAGGAUGUAGAAGGGAUGAUGUCAAUAUCUGUUGAUGCUGCUGAAGCAAGAGAAUCUUUGAAUGAUGAUAAAGAGCUCAUUCACACAUUUGAGAGGUUGACUGCACUUGAUGGUAAGCGGAGGUUUGCAUUAGCUGCUGCAUCAUCUCACAAGGAAGAAGUUGGCAGGCUAAGGGAAUAUUUUGAAGACGUGGAUCGAACAUGGGAAACAUUUGAAAAGACACUAUGGGGUCAUAUUGCCAACUUCUUUAAACUUGCUAAAGAAAGCCCUCAAUUGUUGGUGCGCUGUCUAAGGGUGGUUGAAAUGCAAGAGAUUCUUGAUCAGCAGCUAGCUGAGGAAGCAGCUGAGGCUGAGGGAGGUGGUGCAAUGGCAUCUAUUGCAAAUCCUCGAAGAUCUGCAAAAAAAUCUGCAGUUCCAUCAGCUUCACCGAAAAGCUUAGCUCAUGAAAAGUUGAAGGGCCAAGGGAAGUGUUACAAGGAUAAGUGUUAUGAACAUAUCACAAAAACGGUUGAAGAGCAGUUCAAUAAGCUAUUAUCACAGCUUGUCUUUGAGGAUCCUGAAGCUGCUUUGGAGGAAGCUAGAACGAUUUAUGAGGAGCUUGGUGAUGCUUAUGACUAUGUAGCACCUUGUUUUCCUCCGAGAUAUGAGAUCUUCCAAUUCAUGGUCAACCUCUACACUGAACGGUUUAUACAAAUGCUGAGAUUACUCAGUGACAAGGCCGAUGACCUCACAAAUUUAGAAAUUUUAAAGGUGACAAAUUGGGUUGCUGAAUACCAAGAGCAUCUAAUAGGUCUUGGUGUGGAUGAAUCAUUUGCUCAAGUUUGCUCUGAGAGUGGGGCAAUGGAUCCACUCAUGAAUGCAUAUGUAGAGAGAAUGCAGGCUACAACGAGGAAAUGGUACACAAAUAUCCUUGAAGCUGAUAAGGUACAGCACCCAAAGAAAACUGAAGAUGGGAAGCUAUACACGCCUGCGGCCGUGGAUCUAUUUAGGAUUUUUGGAGAGCAAUUGCAGAUUGUACGAGAGAAUAGCACUGAUGUCAUGCUAUACCGAGCGGCUCUUGCUAUCAUUCAGGUGAUGAUUGAUUUCCAGGCAGCAGAAAGGAAGAGACUUGAGGAACCAGUUGCUGAGAUUGGUUUAGAGCCUUUAUGUGCAAUGAUUAACAACAAUCUGCGCUGUUAUGAUCUUGCCAUGGAGCUCAGUAGCAGCACCUUAGAAAAUCUUUCGCCGUACUAUGCUGAACAGGUUAAUUUUGAAGAUACCUGCAAAGGCUUUCUGGAGGUUGCAAAGGAAGCUGUGCAUCAAACUGUUGUUGUUAUCUUUGAAGAUCCAGGAGUGCAGGAAUUGCUUGCGAAGCUCUAUCAAAAAGACUGGGCUGAAGGAUUGGUAACUGAGUAUCUUGUCGCAACAUUUGGUGAUUAUUUCACAGAUGUAAAGAUAUACAUUGAGGAAAGAUCUUUUAGGAGAUAUGUUGAGGCUUGUCUGGAGGAGACAAUUGUUGUUUAUGUCGAUCAUCUCCUAUCUCAGAGAAACUAUAUCAAGGAAGAAACAAUUGAGAGGAUGAGACUUGACGAGGAAGUUCUCAUGGACUUUUUUAGAGAGUACAUCAACAUAUCAAAAGUUGAGAAGAGAGUGCAGAUUUUGUCUGAUCUACGUGAGCUAGCUUCAGCUGAGAGUCUGGAUUCCUUCACUCUUGUAUAUACUAAUAUUCUCCAAAAUCAUCCUGACUGCCCACCUGAAGUUGUUGAAAAGAUUGUUGGAAUGAGGGAAGGCAUACCCCGGAAGGAUGCAAGGGAGGUUGUGCAAGAGUGCAGGGAGAUAUAUGAGAAUUCUUUUGUAGAUGGGAAGCCACCCAAACCAGGAUUUGUUUUCGGCAGAGUCAAAUGCCUCUCUUCAAAGGGUUCUGUGUGGAAGAAGCUCUAGUUGCUCUCUCUCCCUCGUAUAUAUCUGCUGUUCAUUUCUAAAGUGCUAUUCUUUCUUGGUGUGAAUUGACUGCUUUCAUAUAAAUUUGGGAUCUCUUUUGAAUCUUGGAAACACGUCAUUUGUAAUUUUGUUCUUUUUUGUAUUAAUAUGUAAUUCAUUGCUUAUUAAAUUUUUGUGCAGAAUCCUUUUAUGCGUCUGAGUAUAUAUGGGGUGUUUUUAACUGGAAGCUUCA